AUGAGUCAUAUUUUCUUUUCUUACGCACGAGUUUUGCACGCUCUGAGUCAGAUUCCAUACGCAGCUGCUAUUGUGACUGAUGUCAGCAGUACAUAUAAAGAGAAGAUCAUUGACGCUGUAAUACAGAAAGAAUGGAAUAUCAUUUUCCAUUUAUCAACGAAGCGUGAUGUUAACUGUGAAGCUAAGAUUGAUAGUAAAAUUGCGUUAUAUUUUAAAAAAACAGAUGAUGGUCAAUGCACAAAUCUUGCAAAUGCAACCAUUGUUUCAAAACUUGGAGCCUGUGAAGCUACAAUGUUCAACCAAACUUCAAGAAACAUUGCCAUUGGUUUGAAGUAUUACGUUAAAUUUCCACCAAUCGAUCCCUUCGAUUUUAAACAGGAGAAUGGUGAUGAAGUAAACAGUCAAACCCAAACGUUUUUACUUACGCAAGGUAAAUGCAUGGUGCACGGUCCAGUAUAAUACUCUUGAAAUUACUAUCAGCACAUUCAUUUCUAAGGAUAGUCAUGUGACGUAACCUUUCAAAUUUUAUUUGGGCUCAUUAAUUAUUCAUGUUGUUUCACAUUCUUUAUUUUGUAGUCACAAUGUAUUUGAUAUUAUUUCAUUUCCCAAAUAUAUUAGCACCAUCAAUUGAAGAGAAUACUACUCACACCUAA